ACAGGCGGAAGCAGCUCGCGAGGCGCUUGAGGCAGGCUGGCGGACGCUUCCUCAGGCCUUCGGCAAGGUGGCGGCGGCGGCGUCCUCCUCCCCGCGACUCAAGCGUUCACCUCGCCUCGACCGCACCAGACUCCUCCCGCCCGUCCCGGGCCGAGCGCCGGCGCCAUGUCAGCCUACCCACGGAGCUACAACCCGUUCAACGAGGACGCGGAGGACGAGGACGCCCGGCCGGCGCCGUGGUCGGACAGGCGCGACCUCGCGGACGGGCCCGGCGCGCCCACCGACCGGCAGCAGGCCCUGCGGCAGGAGGCUCUGCGCCGGGCCGAGGCCACGGCCGCCAGCACCGGCAGGUCCCUGUCGCUCAUGUACGAGUCCGAGAAGAUCGGGGUCGCCUCCGCCGAGGAGCUCGUGCGCCAGCGAGGGGCCUUGGAGCGCACGGAGAAGAUGGUGGACAAGAUGGAGCAGGACCUGAAGACCAGCCAGAAGCACAUCAACUCCAUCAAGAGUGUGUUCGGAGGGCUUGUCAAUUACUUCAGGUCCAAACCCACGGAGACCCCGCCUGCGCAGAAUGGCAUGCUCGCCCCCCAGCCCAGUGGCAGGUUGAAAGAGGCCAUCAGCUCCAGUAAAGAGCAGGAGGCACAGUACCAGGCCAGCCACCCGAACCUCAGGAAGCUCCAGGACUCAGACUUCGUCCCUGGAGGAGCCUGUUCAGCUCUGAGCUCCGAGGCCUACCCACGGAACCCGCAUCUUCGCGCCUGUCACCAGAGGAUCGACAGCAACCUCGAUGAGCUGUCCGUGGGCUUGGGCCGGCUGAAGGACAUCGCGCUGGGAAUACAGACGGAGAUUGACGAGCAGGACGACAUCCUCGACCGCCUCACAAGCAAGGUGGACAAGCUGGACACCAGCAUCACCAGCACCGAGAGGAGAGUGCGGCAGCUCUGAGGCGGCGGCGGACUGCUGGCCCACUGCAGCGAAGAGAUUUCACAGGUCUUCUUUUAAACUCCUGAGAAACUUCACUUACUACUUCAAAAUGUGAUUUAACAUGUGUUUGCAGAUGUUGUAACAGUGUGGGUUUUGCAAGAUUUUAUUUAGAGCACGUGGGCCCCCCUUCCCUCAGGAUCCUGACCGGAGAGCUAUGGGCCGGGCGGCGGGCAGGCCGGCCAGAGUCUCCACGUGAUGUGUGUCCCCCAGGCCGCCCACGGCAGAGCGCCAAGGGCCGCGAGACCCCAGGUUGCAGACGCUCCCCCGCCAUGAGCCCAUCGUGAUGCUCCGAGCCCCAGGAGAGGCCCAGCGGCAGGUUCGGGGUGGAGGGGGUGUUUCAUGGACAGACACCAUCUCCUCCCCUCCCGUCCCCUGAACUCAGCAGGUGUUUGAUUUCAGGAGGAGAAGGGGGUUCAGACCCGCCCUGCUCCCUGUGAUGCCUGGAAACACACAGGGAGCAGGUGAGCCUGGGAGCGGGCUCAGGAACAGGUUCGACCCUGGCCCCAGGCUGCGUGGCUGGCCAGGCCCGAGCACACACGGGGCAGCCCCAGAGGUGCUCCGCCGAGCUCUCCGCCCUCGGGUCCCCUGGACCAGGCCCCCACGCAGCAGUGUGACUCCAUGCCUGGGGUCCCCGGCCCGUCCAGGAUGCCCACCCUCUCUCCUGGCACUGCUGGCCACACGCCUUGACUCAUCACUUGGUUGUCUGCCCCCCAGUUUUAGGACUGGAAUCCACACAAGACAGGCUGUGCCUAGAAGCAUUUGGCUUUUUAAAAGCCCAGAGGUUAUUCUAACCGGCCUAACAUGUUCUUCUCAUUUUAUUAAAGAAGAAGAAGAAUCAUUUAAAAGCACUAAUUAAAAUUGAUUUCUGAACUUAAAUGAUUUUGUGUUGGUACCUCCAACAAAAUAAUGGAAGGCACAAGGUCUUUUUAAACACAAAUUGUUUAAAAUGUUUUGAAGACAGUGAAAGGGACUGAUUUUGAUAAGACAGUGUUAGGUCAGAAACAGUGCCUUUCAUCUUGAAACCUGGCCUGACAGUGACCUCACUGCUUAGGUUCAGUCACAUGUAAACAAAGCCCCUUAAAGCACACAGACAGACCUGGAGGUCUGUCAGGGGCUGCAGCGAGGCCUCAGCACUUCGUAGUAGUUUGUAUGUAAAAGUUCCACCCCUGACGCCCGACCUUCCUAAAAACACUGGCCACCUCCGAGGGUGACCACCUCUGCAAGUAGACAAGCUGUCAUGUUGCAGGCGCCUCGUGAGGCUGACCCACAUCACUGUAUCACUGGGAAUGUCCAUGACGCAGUGGAUGGUGACCCGAUCCACGUCUGCUAACCUCCAGCGCGUCGUGGUCAUUCUCCUGGUAACUGGAAAAAGGAAAAAUGUUAAACAUCCUCUCAGCCCACACUGAACCCAUUCAGGGCGCCUCCAAGCAAAAAGGCUGCUUGGAAGCGUGACUGCAGCACCCAGCACCAGCCCUGGGUUUUCCUCCCCAGCGCCUUCCCCCGCGGGUGUUGGGGUAACUUCCCGCUCAUCGCUCUCGACUAUGGGCCCUUGGAGGUGAGUCGGCACACCUGGACCCAAGCUUCUGCAAUGGCUCAGUAAACACGCAGAGGCCACUGCCAAACACUCAGCCUGCCUCUCGCAUCAUGGGGUUCUCUACUGACUCAAGGCAACGCAGCACCUUUGUGAGGCCGCUCUCCCCCGCCCCUGCCUUUUACCCCAAGCUGUGGAGGGAGGGUUGGCCUCACUCUUCUGGAAACGUCCCCCCACCACACAUACACACGACCCGUGUGUCUGGUUCUGUUCUGGUUCGAGUCCCUUAUUCUGAGGCCUGAGCCUCGUGCCCACCGAGGGCUAGUGGCUGCUGCUCCGCCAGCCGGCAGAGCCGCUCAUGUUCCUGGAGAGCAGAGGAGGACCUCGGGGGCCUCCGGAAUCCGCACGUGUCGGGACACGCAGAAGUUGAGGAGAAGUGAAGUCUGCCCUCCGGACGCACAUGUCGGGAGUCACGGGGGUGCUGGGCCAGGGCCGCUGCCUUGCCACGAGGGGUCCGAAAGACAGAUGUGGAUUUCCACAGUCCAUCUGGAAACACACUGUGCCUUCCGAAGAGUGACUUUCCUGACUCGCUGGCUCCACGUCACGCGUGCUGCAGACUUAGAGGCAGUCUCCUCCAGGGCGGCAUUCUGACCCUGGGCUGUAGUGGCUUCUGGGCAUCUUUUCUGCGUCCUGUGGCCCAGGAGACCGCACUUAGCGUGGACGGCAAGAGGGAGAGUGUGUCUUUGUCUCGCUUUCUCUGAGUUCUCUUUGUGAAUAACGUGAUUCUAAGCGUACACUACACCAGUUUAGUGGAAAUCUUAUAGUUUGCCUCCGUGAGCCUUUUCUGAAGAGUUGAAGUUACCGGUGUUGUUAAGCGUCUCCUGCUCUGAUGAGUGAAAUGUCUUAAGUACAAAUGACGAGCGAGUCGUUCAAAGCGCGCCCGAGCGGGGCUCCUGCUCAUGGUCUGUGUCAGAGUAGCUCCCGGGCUUCAUGCCUUCAACUCAAAAAAUGGCCAUAGUCCUUGAAAUAAAAUGUGAUUUUUUUAAUCAGA